AUGACUAUUUCUUCUGCACAUCCAGAAACAGAACCCAAGUGGUGGAAAGAGGCCACAAUUUAUCAAAUUUAUCCCGCAAGUUUCAAAGACUCCAACAACGAUGGUUGGGGUGAUAUGAAGGGUAUUGCCUCCAAGUUGGAGUACAUCAAAGAGCUUGGUACCGAUGCCAUUUGGAUCUCGCCAUUUUACGACUCGCCACAAGAUGAUAUGGGUUACGAUAUUGCCAACUACGAAAAGGUCUGGCCAACCUACGGUACGAACGAGGACUGCUUUGCCUUGAUCGAAAAGACACAUAAGCUUGGUAUGAAAUUUAUCACCGACUUAGUCAUCAACCAUUGCUCCAGCGAACAUGAAUGGUUCAAAGAGAGCAGAUCCUCAAAAACCAAUCCAAAACGUGACUGGUUCUUCUGGAGACCUCCUAAGGGUUAUGACGCCGAAGGCAAGCCAAUUCCUCCAAACAAUUGGAGGUCUUACUUCGGUGGUUCUGCAUGGACGUUCGAUGAAAAGACACAAGAGUUUUACUUGCGUUUGUUUUGCUCCACCCAACCUGAUCUAAACUGGGAGAACGAAGACUGCAGAAAGGCAAUCUACGAAAGUGCCGUUGGAUACUGGUUAGACCAUGGUGUAGACGGCUUUAGAAUUGAUGUGGGAAGCUUGUACUCCAAGGUUGCUGGUCUACCAGACGCUCCUGUGAUUGACGAAAACUCAAAGUGGCAACUCAGUGAUCCUUUCACAAUGAACGGACCACGUAUCCAUGAGUUUCAUCAAGAAAUGAACAAGUUCAUCAGAAACAGAGUGAAGGAUGGCAGAGAAAUUAUGACAGUUGGUGAAAUGCGACAUGCUACUGAUGAGACCAAGAGGUUGUAUACAAGUGCGUCAAGACACGAACUUAGUGAGUUAUUCAACUUUUCCCACACUGAUGUCGGGACUUCGCCCAAGUUCCGUCAAAAUUUGAUACCAUAUGAACUAAAGGAUUGGAAGGUUGCCCUUGCUGAACUUUUCAGAUACGUUAACGGAACUGAUUGUUGGUCAACAAUUUAUCUGGAAAAUCACGACCAACCUCGUUCAAUUACCAGAUUUGGUGACGAUUCUCCCAAAAACCGUGUUAUUUCUGGUAAGUUGUUGUCUGUGUUGUUGGUGUCACUGAGCGGUACUCUAUAUGUGUACCAAGGACAGGAACUGGGUGAAAUCAAUUUCAAGAACUGGCCUAUCGAAAAAUACGAGGAUGUCGAAGUUAGAAAUAACUAUGAUGCGAUCAAGGAAGAGCAUGGAGAAAACUCGAAGGAGAUGAAGAGGUUUUUGGAAGCAAUUGCCCUUAUUUCCAGAGACCAUGCUAGAACACCUAUGCAAUGGUCUCGUGAGGAGCCAAAUGCUGGUUUUUCUGGUCCUAAUGCUAAACCAUGGUUUUACUUGAACGAGUCUUUCAGGGAAGGAAUUAACGCUGAAGACGAAUCCAAGGACCCCAACUCGGUUUUGAACUUCUGGAAGGAGGCCUUGAGAUUUAGAAAGGCACACAAGGAUAUUACUGUGUAUGGAUAUGAUUUUGAGUUUAUUGAUUUGGACAAUAAGAAACUGUUCAGCUUCACAAAGAAAUACGACAACAAAACAUUGUUUGCUGCUUUGAACUUCAGCUCUGAUUCGAUCGACUUCACGAUUCCAAACAAUAGCUCAUCGUUUAAGUUGGAAUUCGGAAACUACCCAAGAAGUGAAGUUGAUGCGUCUUCCAGAACAUUGAAGCCAUGGGAGGGCAGAAUUUACAUAUCUGAAUGA